UACGAAUACCUAAAUCAUACUCUACUAUAUUUUCAAACAUCAUUGAAUUAAAACAAAACAUACACAUAUAUAUACAGUUGAUCCCAAAAAUAUAUAUCCUUUCGAGUACUUCAUACUUAUUUAUAUUUUAUAUCGAAUAUCCAAUAUGGCCGGAUAUAUUUAUGAUCGAUUGUACAUGUAAAUAUCCCUCGAAAGAUUAAAUCCAAAAAAAAGGAGGAAAAAAAUUGACAUCGAAGUGGUGAGAAGGCAGAAGUCAUGAAUCAAUUUGUCCAUUCGUAACACGUAAUAUAGGUCUGGCAUAUAGUUACGAAACAGUGAGCAACAACCAAUGAAACGAAAUCGUUUCGCUACCUGGACGCGAUCUCAUAAACGUGUGGUCGCAUAUAAAGACGGAUGAAAGACAUGGACAAAAGCCAGUCAAAAUUUUCGAAGCGGAGUUAACGGUGUUGGCCAACAAUAAUGUGGAAAAACGUGCUGACCCUCGUGUUUCUCUGUAUCGGACUAGCAACGUCAGAUUUAUCGCCAUAUAAACCAAGGGGAUGGCGCCCUAAUGGUCAACGCUUUAAUCCUGCCAACAAUCGAUUGCAUGCGUAUUACGGGCCCCCUGGAUUACCAGCCUAUGAACCUCCACACCCGACAAGCCAACCCCCAAUUUUCACCACCACGGCCACCACCCCGCAACCAACAACAACGACGACAACGAUGAAAACCACAACGACCCCGCGAACCAGAGAGCCUACGACGCCCUCUACCGAAGACGAAGAUUUCGACACGAAUCCAGCCUUGGCCAUCGCCAACUCCUUCGCCUUUAAUCGACCCGUUUAUAUUUACAACACCUUCCCCUUCUUACCCGGCCAAAUAUUGUUGAAAUGAAUCGAUUAAUCUUUAUGCGGGAUGAACUAUGGUAUAUUUAUAGCAUACGAGUAAAUAGUGUGUAUUUUGGGGAUGUUGGGGAAGUUCGUGUCGAUUUUUGGAUGAAAAUAUAGAAAAUGCGUUAGACAGAUAUUAAAAAAUUGGGAUUUAUUUAAUCAAAAGUGUACACUUAUUGUGGAAUUUUGAUUUUGAUGUUAUUCAAUUGACUUUAUAUAAAUAAGAUUCUCAAGUAUCAUUCAGAAGAUUCAUUGAUUGCAGAGAAGAUUCGUAAAUAUUUAGGUAAUUCAGCAAUCCGAUAAUAAUAGAUCUCUAAUUCAUUAAACAAUUGUAAUUAAACUUUUUAAAAAAGAAAUACAUUUGUUUAUAAUAGGAUCCAAAUGAUCAAUCAAAGAUCCUUGUAAGAUCCAAAAAAUGGACAGUGUUCCUAAUAUAUAAACAUAGAAAUAUCGUUUUGGAAGAUUGAUAGUAGCGAAUAUAGAUUGGUGCAUGUGAAAUAUUAUUUUUUUACAUUAGAUAUUAAAUUAAAAGAGAUGUAAAUUUUUUUUACUCGAUAAAAUAAAGUUUGUUUUUAAUUAAAA